CUUCCGUCAACUAUUUACCCUACAUAUAGUCUCCUUACAAAUCUGUCUCUCUCACAACGUCUUCAUCCCGUUUGGAGUUUUUUAAAUGUCUUGCGGUUACUAAGCGCCGAUUCGGUGCAAUUGUUCAACGGCAACACUUCAACGGACAGUUCCUACAUAUAAAAGGGUGACGACAUGGCCGAAAUUCUCUUCCGCUUUCACUCUGUUAACUUCACGAUCUCCCCAGGCAUGCUUUUCAAAACUAUUGAAUGCUCCAUCUUCUAGCAAACGAAAUGAAUUCUGAAAUUUUAGGGUCGUGCGGUAAUUUUGCAAAAUGUAUAUGUACCUGCAACAAGAGUUACAAGUUCAAUAUAAAGGAAAAGCUAAAACAUGGCUGAUUCACUUUUAAUAAGUGACAUCACUCCUCAAUUAGCUUCUUGGACUUGCAAAGUUUCAAUUGUGGAAAAGCUCAACAUACGUGAAUCAUCAAAAAGUCCAGGAAAAUUGUACAAGCCAUUUGUGCUUCAAGAUAUUGUUGGAAACAAGGUUAAGGUCAUGGCAUAUGGGCAAGAUAUUUCUGUUGUGGACCAAAGAUUAGAACUGUACAGGACCUACAACAUAUCUAAUGCAUUGGUCACUGCGGUCUACCCAAAUUUCAAUGUUCCUGAUGAACAUUACAAAUUUCUUUGGUCCAUCAAUAGAAGGACAUUGAUUCAAGAUGUGGAUGAAGAGGAUAAAAUAGAUGUGCAGAAAAGUGCUGAAAUAGUUACAACACCCUUUUCUCUCUUCUAUAACUCCAUGAUUAAAAGGGACACUAUAAAUGUGCUCGGUGCCAUUAUCUAUAAACUCCCACGCGAGUUUGUUGUCACAGAGAAGAAGAAGAAACAAGCAAAUGACUUUAUCUUUGUUGAUGAGAAAUCGCAACCAAUCAUUUUCACAAUGUGGGAUGAAUGUGCUAGCAUUCAAGGUGUUGAGAUUCAGAACUUACUGGAAGCUGGAAUAUAUCCAAUUGUUCUUGCUAAGCGUGUUGCUGUGACUACAUAUCAAGGUGAUAUUUAGAUAAGCUAAUGUAGUUAUUUACAAAUUUCCAAAAACACUAAAUAAAUAUAGUUUAUUAUAGUUAUCUAUAAUGGAUUUUACGUACAAUCCUGAGAAUUAAAAAGUGCAUUUUUUUUUAAAUUUUCUCACGAAUUAUUCAAGCACAUGUUCUAACUAAUACAAUUCAAUAUAAACUUGCACAACCACAUUCACCCUCAUGUAAUUAUAAUAACCCAUUAUUUAAAAAACAGCAGGUUAAUAAUAAAUUGUAAGUUGCUUAACAAACACACGCCCACGCAUACUAUUUACUAAUUGAAAAUUUUAAAAUAGACAAAUCUGACUUCAAUAUCAAGUUAACAUCUCCCAAUGGGAUCCUGAAGCUUCCCACUAUACUCAUGGUGCAAUAAAACUCCAGCUAUACUCAUUUCUCAUUCCACAACUCAAGGUUGUGGCCAUCUAGCUCUAUUACCUAACAUUAUAAAUUUGAAAACAAUGUUAUUAAAAUAACACAGUUUGUUAAUUAAAAAAUGUCAAGUAAUUGAAGAAUAACAAUAUGAAACCUUAAAUCCAUACACAGAUUUCAUUGAUAUAGUUUUAGGAGGAAUAUAUGAAAUUUUGGUGAUAAAGAUGUAUACAUGUUCAAUUUUAAUUAAAGGUACAAGUAAUCUAUUAGUAACUAUUGAUAAGCAUUGGCACCCAAUCUGUUUACAGUUUUCACUUUCUCUUACCUUCUAAAAAACAUAUACUUGCACAGUCUAAAAAACACUAUUAAAAUUUUCACAAAUUAAGCAACAAAAAUUUCUUUCUUCCUUUCUAUGAGUAUCUUAAUGUAUUAAUCUUGUCUUACAUGAAUUUGUUUGAUGUUUGAUUUACUUUAUUACUUCAAUACAUUGAACAUAUGUGCAAGAUUAUCAUUAUCAACAAGAUAUGACACAUGUAUAGAGCUAUAUCCUGAUAACCAACAUGCUACUGCAUUAAAACAAUGGAGGUCUGCUAAUGCUCAAGCUAUUCAGAAAAUGAACACCGAACAACUGUACAUGGACUCACUUGUUAGGUUUGCACUACCGGAAAUGCAAUCUAAAUCUCAUGUCAUUGAUGUCAAGAGCAGUGUGGACGAGACUAGGGUGUUUUGGAUUUUGAGCACCUUAAGAUUUCUGGAAAACGGUUACAUUCCGUUUUACAUCGGUUGCAAUAGCUGCAAUAAAGGCAUUAACUCAACGGUUGAAGGUGUUCAUUUUCAAUGUUUGAAUUGUGGUAACAUUAAUGGAGUUAGCACAAAGAGAUUCCGAUUGAGUGUUGAAUUAUCUGAUGCAACUGGGGAACUGCAAACAAUUCUAUUCACCAAUGAAGUGUACAAGUUGUUACGGAUGCUAGAAAUUAACAUCAAUCCGGAUUGCAUUAACAGUUCUCACUUGAAUGAUAAAGUCAAGGCUCUCACUUUCAUUGUUGCGCUUAAAAUAGUGCGUCCUAAUAUACAUUCAAAGGCAAAAAAGAAUUUUUCUGUGCUUUCUCUUUCUUUUCCGACAGAUAUUCCUACAUGCAGUGAUGCUCAGUCAACUGUUGUGCAUGACAAUGUGCUACCAAAUUCACCAGAAGGAAAGAGGAAGCUCAUAGGAGGCGAGAACAAUGACUCACAGUACAAAGAAGCACACUUGCCUGACCUCCCAACAAUUGCAACAACCUCAGGCAAAAACAAAGGCAAGAAGCACCAAAAAUGUUAGAUUCAAGCUAAUUUAACUAUGGGAUCUUACUAAUGAUUAUCUAUGUAUUUGAAACUUAUAACUUUGAUGCAUAUUAAAUAUUUAAAUAGUUGAUUACUAAUAACUAGGAGUAACCUAGGUAUGACCUUUGGAUGUAAGCCUAUACAAUGUACUGUAAUGUAAACUUACUACAACUUAUACACUAUGAUAAAGUUAGAAGCACUUUUAUAUUAAUUUAAUUAUCAUAGUAAUAUAAUUUCUUUGGUC